AUGAUGGCUGAAAACAAUUUUAAAAUGCUAAAGAUUCAGCAGUGUGUAGCAGCCAACAAGCUACCUAGAAACAGGCCAUAUAUUUGCAAUAUUUGCUUCAAGCAUUUUGAAACACCAUCAAAAUUAGCUAGGCAUUAUCUCAUUCAUACUGGUCAGAAGCCAUUUGAAUGUGAUGUGUGUCAUAAAACCUUUAGGCAACUAGUUCACCUGGAAAGACAUCAACUAACUCAUAAUCUGCCUUUUAAAUGUAGUAUUUGUCAACGCCACUUUAAGAAUCUGAAGACAUUUGUGAAGCACCAACAGCUUCACGAUGAAACGUACCAGAAUGAUGUUAAGCAGGUCAGAAGACCAUUGGAGGCCAAGCAAGAAAAGCCAGUGUAUGGAAUGUAUCAUACUUUUACCCCAGAGGAGAGAUGGGCAUUACACCCAUGCUCUAAGUCUGAUCCUACAUACAGCCCUUCAAAGAAAAAAAAGGGUAUUCAUGCGUGUACAAUCUGUGGCAAGAUGUUUCCAUCACAGUCAAAACUUGAUAGGCAUGCUCUCAUUCAUACUGGUCAGAGGCCUUUUAAAUGUGUCCUGUGCAGUAAGUCUUUUCGACAGUCAACUCACUUAAAAAUCCACCAACUCACACAUUCAGAAGAAAGACCUUUUCAGUGUUGUUUCUGUCAAAAAGGAUUUAAGAUUCAAAGCAAACUUCUGAAGCAUAAACAAAUCCAUACCAGGAAUAAGACUUUUCAGACUCUUUCAUUAAAGGUGAAGAGUUCAGAAUCAUGCUCCCUGCCUAAUAAAUUAAAUGCAAAGCAGGAUGGCUUUGAAAAUGGUGAUAUAGGUAAAUCUGAAGAGAAUAAUCAACUUGAUGUCCACUCUGUUUAUAUUGUCCCUUUUCAAUGUCCUGAGUGUGAAGAAUGUUUUGAAUCAGAGCAGAUUCUCAAUGGACACAAGUGUUUUCCUGCCAGAAGUGGCAAAAUUCCAAGCAAGCUCAAAAGAAGCUGCAACUAUAAAACCAUUGUUAAAAAAAUCUUGGCUAAGCUUAAACGUGCUGGGGGUAAGAAAUUAGAUAAUUUUCGAUCUGAUAAAAAAGUAUUUAAAAACACUUUCAUGAAAAAUUGUGAUCUUAUUUCUGGUGAGCAGAGGCCUGAACAAACCCAGAGAACAUGUCUGAGUUCUCUUGGCAAGCAUGGAACAUAUAAGACAGUUGGCAAUAAAAAGAAAACAUUGACUUUGCCGUUUUCUUGGCAAAAGCACUGCCAGAGCCAACAUAUGGGGAAAAACGUAAAAGGUAUUCUUACACCAGAAAGCGUGUUAAGUAUGGAUAAUCCUAUGCAUAAAAAAGACCUAUCUAUCUAUGGUUCAUCAGGUGAGGAAUUCUUUGAAAACUGUCAAGUGCUCCAGUGUGGCUUUUCAGUUCCAAGUGGAAACAUACAUACUGGACAUAAGAUGUGUCCUUGUGACAAAUGUGAGAAAGUGUUUCCUUCUGUGUCUAAAUUACAAAGACAUUAUUUAAUUCAUACUGGACAGAGGCCUUUUGGCUGUAAUGUUUGUGGGAAAUCUUUUAGACAGUCAGCUCACUUGAAAAGACAUAAACUAACUCAUAUUGAUAAGCUUCCUUAUAGAAAAUCUCUUUGCCAAGUAGAAUUGGAAAAUUUUAACAAACUUUUCUUUCACCAGGGUGAUAAUGUUAGCUACAGUGCUUCCCAACAAUGUCAGAUUCUUGGUUUUCAAAAAUACAAGGUCUCAGAGUCAGAUCAAAUGUCAGAAAUAAAAGUUAAGGCAGAAUCAGAGGAUUUCAUUCCUGGUGCCCCCUGUGGGAACAGAGAGCCCUGUCUCUCUAGCAUACUUCUGGAAUCAGAGCAGAGCCAUCAUAGUCAUUACUGCAGUUAUUCAGGGCAUGCCGAGAGGAAUGAUGGCCUUCUUUACCAAUGCAGUGUUUGUUCUAAAAGUUUUAGAUCCCCAUCUAAACUGGAAAGACACUAUUUAAUUCAUGCAGGGCAGAAACCAUUUGAAUGCUCAGUUUGUGGCAAAACAUUCAGACAGGCUCCUCACUGGAAGAGACAUCAACUUACUCACUUUAAGGAAUGA